AGGUGCCCCCAGCCCGGGAUCCCCGGGUAUCCCAGGCGCCGCAGCCCCCUGGCCCCGGCCUCCCCCGGCCUCCCGGUCCCCCGACCGGGGCGGGCGCGAGGCCCGGAGGCGCGCGGUGGCCGCGCGGCCCGAUAUGCAAAUAUCCCGCGGGCGGGGACCGGCGGGCCGCCUCCUUGGUGGCUCGGGAUAAAGUGACCGGGCGGGGCGUGCGGGUGCCGCAGAAGCCGCCGCCUCCCGGGAGCCGGCCGUGCGCGCCCGCCUAGCGCCCCCCGCCGCGCCCGCGCCGCCCGCGGAAGCCCCCGCGCCCCGCCGCGCCCGGAGCCGGGUCGUGCCCCGCGCCGACCUCGGCCCGCGCCUCCGCCGCUCCGGGUAAGGACGCCAGACGGUGGGGGAGGGCGGCCGCGCGACGCCACCCGCAUCCCUUUUCGUCCCGGCUUCUCCUCCACGUCGAGACGCGCCUUCCUUGUCCCCACUCCCGGGCUGGGGACGUGGGGCGCCGGCAGCGCGCGCAGAGCCUGCGCCUCGGCUGUGCGCCACCUGACUCCGGAUAGGCGGCAUCUCCCCCGGUUCUGAGAAGCGCCAGCCUGUCCCGAGGCCAUCAGCGGUCAAGAUCGAGAGGAACUGUGUUUGUAACUGGAUAAAGGAAGACUGGAAGCAUGUCAGAGUUUUGGUUAAUCUCUGCUCCUGGUGAUAAGGAAAAUCUGCAAGCUCUGGAGAGGAUGAAUACAGUAACCUCCAAGUCCAACCUGUCAUAUAAUACCAAAUUUGCUAUUCCCGACUUCAAGGUAGGAACCCUGGAUUCCCUCGUUGGUCUGUCUGAUGAGUUGGGGAAACUCGAUACUUUUGCUGAAAGCCUAAUAAAGAGGAUGGCUCAGAGCGUGGUGGAAGUAAUGGAAGACGCCAAGGGAAAGGUUCAAGAGAACCUUCUGGCCAGCGGAGGUCUGAAGGAAAAAAUGAAAUGUUUAAAGAUUGACUUAACAUCCUUCGUGACCCACUUUGAAUGGGACAUGGCCAAAUACCCUGCAAAGCAGCCGCUGGUGACCGUGGUGGACACGCUGACAAAGCAAUUGGCACAAAUCGAGACUGACCUGAAAUCCCGAACGGCUGCCUACAACACUCUGAAAACAAACCUGGAGAACCUGGAGAAGAAAUCGAUGGGAAACCUCUUCACUCGGACACUGAGCAAUAUUGUGAGCAAAGAAGACUUUGUGUUGGAUUCUGAAUAUCUCAUCACACUCUUGGUCAUCGUUCCCAAGCCAAACUACGCGCAAUGGCAGAAAACCUACGAAUCCCUCUCGGACAUGGUGGUGCCUCGAUCCACCAAACUGAUUGCUGAGGACAACGAGGGUGGCCUCUUCACAGUGACUCUGUUUCGAAAAGUGAUUGAUGAUUUCAAAACCAAAGCCAAAGAAAACAAGUUCACGGUCCGUGAAUUUUCCUAUGACGAAAAAGAAAUUAAAAGGGAACGGGAAGAGAUGACCAGACUGCUGUCGGAUAAGAAGCAACAGUAUCAAACUUCCUGUGUUGCUCUUAAAAAGGGAUCAUCUACCUUCCCGGACCGCAUGGUUAAGGUAACCCUGCUAGGGAACCCCGAUAGGCCCGCUGCAGGGCACACCGACAGAGAGAGAGAGAGUGAGGGCGACGGGGAGGGCCCCCUGCUGCGCUGGCUCAAGGUGAACUUCAGCGAAGCCUUUAUAGCCUGGAUCCACAUAAAAGCCCUGAGAGUGUUCGUGGAGUCCGUGCUCAGGUACGGACUACCCGUGAAUUUUCAGGCAGUGCUCCUACAGCCUCAUAAGAAGUCAUCCACCAAACGACUGAGAGAGGUUCUAAACUCCGUUUUCAAACAUUUGGAUGAAGUAGCUGCUGCAAGUAUAUUGGAUGCAUCUGUGGAGAUCCCUGGAUUACAACUUAAUAACCAGGAUUACUUCCCUUAUGUCUACUUCCACAUUGAUCUUAGUCUUCUUGACUAGAAAGGCCAGCUGCAUGAAGCUUUCAUAUACAUGCAAACCGCUACGGAUGCUGCUUUCUCUUAGCCGGAGAAGAGUUAGGUGGAGUUAUGCCCUACAUAAUUUGGACUUUUCAGAAAAUAGCUCACAAAAAUUAGUUAUAGUUGUAUUUAUUUUUUUUAAGUUACAAUAAAGAAAUACUCUCAGUCCUUUGAAUUGUCUCUAAUGUAACUCAGAGCUUAUUAUGUAACUUCAUUUUUCUGGAAGUUAUACAUAAAUGUGGACUACCUAUGAAUUAGUAACCUGCUGCUGCAUUUCAAGUAUUAAUGGAUAUUUUGUAAGAGUUUAAUAAUAAAACAUAAAAACCCUGUAUAACCAGCAACAUUCCCUAAUAAUCAGUCACUGGCGAUGUGCCCAAAGACAAAGUAAGAAAUGCAGGUCUCCACUGACAAUCCAUUGUUCUUCACACUUACAUAUAAACUUGACUUCCAUUUUACAUUUAUUAAGUAGAAUUUCAAAUCCUAGACCACAUGUAAAAUCUAUACUGUGGUAGACACCCAGAUGACUUUGACUCAAAAGGGCCUUUUUUUCCCUUUAAAAGUUUAUAAGGAGGAAAGACACCAGGAACAUCACCUCGUAAUACGAACUUACUGGCUAAACAUCAGACUGAAUUUAUGAUGUGGACACUAAUUUCAUACAUUUAAUGGCAUUGUCCAAAAUAUUUUAUUAUUUAAUGGAAAAAAGCCAUUAAUACUCAAAUGAAGAAAUCACAUUAAAAACAUAUAAGAAACAGCCUCAAAGAACAAUCAAGCAGCAGUUUAGAGGGAUGGAAAAAUGUUUCAACAGAACAUCAGUUUUCUUCAAAAUAUUAUUUGACAGAAGACAAUCCAAUUCGCUGGCUCCAACAAUUCAUAGAAUUUUUCAAUGUUUUCUUGAGAAGCAAAAGUUCACUGUUGCAGUGUUUUCAAAUGACCAAUCAAGUGCUACUUCUUGGUUAAAAAGGCCACUGGUAGAUCCAUCUGAUUGUAAAGAACGUUCCUUCUUUACUGCUGAAAAAAUCUGCUCCCAAGAAAAGAAAACUGUUUGAAGUCUGUGCUGCAUAUCUCACAACUCAUCUUUUUCUAAGUCAUCCAGCUCCACAUCACUGAGAUCAAUAUCAUCUUCCACAGGAAGCUGUAAAACAGAAAACCAAUAUCAUGCACUGCAGAGCCGGGGGCUGGGGGCACCCCCUCAAAGUUCAACUAGAGGUACUCCAGAUCACAAAACCAGUUUCUCCUCAAACCAGCUCCUAUUUUUAACUUUGCCUAUCUGUAUAGAUGGAAAAACUGAGAACUCAGAUGAAAACUUAACUUUAACAUAUUUUAACACCAUCACCACACUACCUGUUUAAAACUAAGUCAUUUAGCUUGUCCUUUUAAGGGGGGGUGGGGCAGAACUGUACAGGAAUAAAUGCUAAUUUCAAAGCUACAAUUUCACAUUUCUCUAAUACAGAGUCAAUGAUUCCAGGUUUAAUUUUCACCUUAGGGGUAAUAAUUAGGUAAGCAACCUAAUUACUGAAAUUUAUCUUGAGUGUCUCAAGAAUAUCAAAUACCAUGAAGCACUUUUUUUUUGUAAUUCUUAAAAUUUUAUAGAAAUACUGCAUUUGAAAAAAGUGAAUGUAUAGCUGUUCACAUUGGUACAAUUAUAGGUGGUUUUUCCUCACAUUUUGUUAUGUUUUCAUGUAUCAAAAGAUAACAUUCAUAUUAUGAGACACAUAUAUCUUUUAAGUUCAAAAAAAUUUCAUAUAGAGGCCCCUGAAUUUUUUGCUGAAUGACAGACAUAUCUAAAGUAUCUUGUUCUGCAGUUCCUUUCAUCCCCCUAAACGCAGUGCUUUGCUAACAGUACAUUCAGUGUGUGCUGAGUAAGGUGAAGAAUUCCUAGUAAACUAAACACCCCACGUGCCCAUUUGUUUCCAUGUCAGGCAAAGCAGAGGGAGGAGCAGUGAAGCCUUCUCCUAAGGGAGCACUCAUUACCCCCCACAAACCAUGUAUUCACCCACACAAUAGUGAAUACGUGUGUGUGUGUGUAUCUAUAUAAGGUGCUAGAUAUUUGUACAAGGCAAGAUUCAAUCUAAAAAUAAGAACUGCAGAUAAUUAAAAUUUCUCUAGUUUUAAAUUGUGUUUUUCACAAAGCUCAUGACCCUGGAAUAUUUUCCUCAUCGGAAACAACUUUCCUUAUCAAAUGAAUGGUUAUGCCUAACAUAAAGAACUGGUUAUCACUUAAAAUAGUAUUUUGCCAUUUUUACAUAUUUUUUUAAUGCAAAAAAACUACUGUUUACACUUGGUUCAGGGCUUGUUAGAGGAUGGCAAGGUAGCUGGUUAAAAAGAUGUCUCCUCUUGUUGCUGCAAAGGAAAGGCUAAGCCUAUGUAUAAU